UUUUUUUUUCUUUUCUCUCUUUUUUUCCGUAACCCUAAUUUAAUUAAUUAAAAGAAGAAUGUUCCGUCCUACUGCUCUUCUCAAUGCUGCCUCUAAGGCUGCUACCUUCAGAAUGGCUCCUCGUGCCGCACCUGUUGCCUGUCGUUUCUAUUCUUCUGCUGGUUUAGGUCAAGCAGAUAUUGAAUCUCGUGUUUUAGAUAUUUUGAGAGGUUUCGAUAAAGUUGAUGCCAACAAGAUUGCUCUUGAUUCUCAUUUCGUGAAAGACCUUGGACUCGAUAGUUUAGAUACCGUUGAAGUCGUUAUGGCUAUUGAAGAGGAAUUCUCGGUCGAAAUUCCUGAUAAGGAAGCUGAUGAUAUCAAGACUGCCAAACAAGCUGUUGAAUACAUCAGUCACCGUGCUGAUGCUCACUAAAAAAAAAGCUCUUUAUAAAUAAACAAUAUAUACAUACACUUUCUCAACAUGCACUUACGCACACACACACACACACACACACACAAGCGCACACA